CUUUAAUAUCUCACCAAUUUUUUUGUUUUAAUUGGAGAUGCACUUUUGGGACAGUUUCUCUAAUCGCUGCCACAGAUGACACACAGGGUUGGCUCAGAAAUGCUUGGUAGUUAUUUUUGUGCUUGCGUAUGUGCUAAAUAUGCCUAUGCUUUUUGCGCAUGGGUAUGUCAGUCAGGUUUAAGAUGCCUGCUUGACCCAAUUUAUAUCCUCCGACAGUAGCUGCACAAAAAGAAGUAGGUGCAGCAUGUCAGACUAUUUAUAGUAAAGCUGCUGGGAAAACUUCAAGUUACUAAAUGCUGUUUGGGUCUACAGGUGAAAUAGUGAAAAUGUACAUCGCUUUAAAAAAAAACUUUUAAUGAAAUUAUGGUCAAGCUAAAAUGAGUUAAGGGAACUAAUAUUUCCUCUACAGUCAAAGGAGUCUUUACAGCUCUCAACUGUCUGAAAUUGUUCAAGUGAGUCUAUCUAUCUGUCUGUCUGUCUAUCUAUCUAUCUAUCUAUCUGUCUGUCUCUCUGUCUGUCUGUCUGUCUUAAAUUUAACUAAUGCAGAUUUAAGUUGAAAUUAUACAUAAUAUCACACUGAUAGAAAUACCAACGUUAUGUCAACCCAACUCAUCAAAAUAAUGUUGAUCUAAAUUAGAUUUUUUGGUUUUAAAUGUUGUAACCAUGCAUUCAAUUAAUUGGUGUGUAUAGGUCUUUGAAUUACUUUUUAGAGUGCAGCAAAUCUGUAUAAUUGUAAACCCCGUAAUGUGAUGUAAAAUCAGUGUAGUUUAACAUAUUUCUAUCUGCUUUCUCCUCAACAAUGUGCGCUGAUCAGCCGAAGAGAGAACUGUACAAAAAUAACAUUAGCAACACAUCAGCAUGUUACAAUCCACAGUUGCUCCAGUGGAGGGGAGGUUACGUCGCUGUGUGCCAAGCCUGCCAGCUAUCAAGCCAGACAGGCUGAAAACCGCUAAAGCACUGGUGGAGAAAGCAGUGAAGUUGAGGAAAGUGUUUUCAGUGCAGGGACCCUAUCCUGUGAUCCGCGCUGCCUUAUGGGCCAGAGGGUGGGUGGAACGUCGUUUUCCCCAUCCGGUCCAGAGAGCCCCUCAUUACCAUGGCGAUGACGAAGAAGAUGGUGAUGACGGGGAUGGAGGUGCUGAUCUUAGUGACAGAGUGGGUGAAGGCGAGAAAGAGGAGAACCUUAAUGACAUGUAUGACCUCAUGUCUCGCAUGGUUCGAAAUGAAACAAUCUAUUUCUACUGGACGACUCGGCGGGACCACAUAGACUGCCGCUCAUUACGAAAUGACCAAAUGACCAACCACUACGCAAAUGCUGCUACAUUCACCACUAAGGUAGGGCUUUGUGUAAAUCUGCGUAACCUCCAGUGGUUUGAUACAGCGGAUCCUGACACCUUCUUUCCAAGAUGCUACAGGCUUGGGGCAGAGGAUGAAAAACAUGCAUUCAUAGAGGAUUUCAGAAGGACAGCAUGUACCAGCCUGCUGCAGUAUGUGGUGGAGACAAGUACAUGGAGAAGAGACAAACCAGAGAGUGAAGAACAAAAUGCCAAGAACAGUGUCUCUGAAAGUAAAAAGCUGAAUGUGGAACAUCGUUUCGUUGGUCCAGAUAUUAUUGACACAGCUCUGCAUGUGUGUCAGGAGUUUCUCAAUGCUUUAACGCACAGUGACAUUGACGUGACUGCAGAAACACCCCCCUCUGGAGAGGAAUGGCAGUGGGUGCAGUUUCUGCAAGACUACUACAUGGUUGUGCACAAAGGUGCAUUGAUCAGAGGCAGCAGUGUGUUUGUGGAGCGCUGUCAGGCCAUGUUAGCCAGACUGCAAGAAGUUUGCCCUCAGCUAGACACAGAUGGACUAAACAACAUCUGGAUCAUUAAACCAGGUGCCAAGUCAAGAGGAAGAGGCAUCAUGUGUAUGAAUCGUCUGGAUGACAUUCUGGCACUUGUGGACACUGACAGAGCGCUGAUGAAGGAGAGUAAGUGGGUGGUUCAGAAAUACUUGGAACGUCCACUGCUGGUCCAUGGAACCAAGUUUGACCUCCGUCAGUGGUUCCUUGUUACUGACUGGAACCCUCUGACUGUGUGGUUCUACAAAGAGUGCUACCUGCGGUUUUCCACUCAGCCCUACUCAACCAAAACUCUCGACAGCUCAGUCCACCUAUGCAACAAUUCCAUCCAGAAGCACUUUCAGCCAUCUCAUGACCGUCAUCCAGGAGUGCCUGAAGAUAAUAUGUGGUCCUGCUCUCAGUUUCGCUCUUACCUGCAGCGACAGGACCGUGGGGCAGAGUGGGAGUCAGUGGUGGUCCCAGGCAUGCAGCAAGCAGUGGUCCAUGCUCUACAGACAGCUCAGGACCUGGUCGAGCCCCGCAAGGCAAGCUUUGAGCUGUAUGGAGCUGACUUCAUGUUGGGCAGAGAUCUGAGGCCUUGGCUUCUGGAGAUCAAUGCCAGUCCGACUAUGGCCUGUUCCUCCUCUGUGACCGCUCGGCUCUGCCCUGCUGUACAGUUGGACACACUGAGGGUUGUGUUGGACCGACGGACUGAUCCAAGUGCUUACACUGGAGGCUUCCAGCUAAUCUACAAACAGGCUGCAGUUGAGGUUCCACAGUAUGUGGGAGUGAACCUGCUGGUGGAAGGAGCCUCCAUAAGGCGAUCCAGACCUUUGCUUCAUAGACAGACUGUUACUUCUGACACACUUCUCACUGACCUGUUCCCCUCAGACCAGUCAUCUCCAGAGGAGGUUGAAACAAAACAUAAACCUUUGGGUCAGAAGCCACACAUGGUCGCUGCUUUUUGCCAUUCUGGCAAAGAGAACCAAGAGAAGAAGAGGCAGCUGGCAUCUACAUCUCCAAAGAGGGAGUGUGAGAUGAGAGUCGAAGUUCAGGACAACUCUUGUGUGCGCAGGUCUUGCCGCAGUCUGGCCUGUGAACAGUCUUUGGUGGUUCACACUGAACCUCAGAGGAAAGCGAGACGAUUGGGUUUGAGUCUUCGUGUCAAUGGGACAACCCUGGUGCCAAGGAGUUUUUCCUUUUCCCUCAGCCCUCCUCACAGCAAGUCAAAGGGCAAACCUCAUUUCAGUGCAGGUCAUGGAUCACACAUCUCCAGAUCCUUCCUUCCUCAGACAACUUUUGCACCCCAACACAGGAUUUCUAAACAAGCAUUUCCUUCAUUCCAGGGUCCUCUUCCUAGCCUGGAGGUCCUUCAUUUGCGACCAAACAUUGUGGCCAGAACUAGUGUCUGCCAUAAUUCAGCCUUUUCAGCUCAACCCAGCAUCCGCAAGCAUCAGUUAUUUCUCCACUCUCAAAGACAAAGCAAGGCCAGACAUAAAGGAGAACACACAGGGGGACAUAAAUACUAGAGGCAUAAGGUGUUAACAAGAUGGAAAGCAGCCAGAAAGGUUAAAGAAGCUUUGUCAACGCAAUGUACAUUUUAAUGAGUUGGAGCCUAAUAAAGAACUUCUCCUGAUAAUCCUUGUUAUUGAAAAUUGAUGUCACUGUAGCAUUAUCAUCGUUCAGAUUAUUCAGAUUCAUAUCGUACAUGCAGAGGCUGAAUAUAUGCAACAUCAAGUUAACAGAAGUUAUGUUGGGUCUGAAGUGCUACAUUUUAGAGGUAGUUCUAUAAAAACAGGAUGUAGAUAUUUUAGCUCCCCAGCAGGUGGCAAUAAAGGGUCAGUGAUCAAAUCCCAUGUUCAGGCCAAAGCAUGGCAACUACAGGGGAUCAAAGUACAGAAAAGGAUUGUCAGUUCUUAACCGUUUGGUAAAUCUUUAGCAAAAACUGCUUAAUCAGAUCUUCUGGCCUCUUCGUAAAGUCAAGAUGUAAAAGCAGCUCAUUAACUUUCAAACUUUUAUGAGUGCUGGUUCAGAACUGAAGAAGUGUCAAUGUACGUGAGAAAGACCUUGAAAAUGACAGUUGCUUGACUAAAAUAGCUGUUUUGUGUGAUUUAGACAACCACACACAAUUUAUUUACACAGUUAGGUGGAACUUAUUUUAACUAAUCCCUAUUUUUAGAAGGCUGGGUGCUUCAAUUACCUAGAAGUGCAACUGCAAGAACAAGUUUCUAAACCCUUUUAUCUGGAUUUCUGCAUUGAUUAAUCACAAAAUGUGGUCAGAUCAGCAUUUAAUUCACAAUCACAGACAAACACAAUCUGACUAAACUAAUAAUACACAAACAGUUUUACUUUCCAUGCCUUUGUUGAACAUGCUGAGGUAUCAUUCACAAGCCAGGAUCAAAAAUAAAAAGAACUCCUGUAUUUCAUAGAACCUCCUUUUGCAGCAACAACCGCCAUCAGAUGCCUUCUGUAGCUGCUUGUGAGACUUGCACAACAACACUGAAUGUUUUUUGGAUGAUUUCUCCUUAUGCAACUGUUUCAUUUUAUCAAUAUUUCUACGACGUCAUGAUUGAAGUCCUCUUCAGGUCCUGCCACAAUAUCUAAUUGGGUUAAGGUCAGGACUCAAAACAUGGAUUUUCUUUUUCAGCUUUUAUGUUGUUUAUUUAUUGGUGAGCUUUGGGUCAUUGUCUUGUUGCAUCAUCCAACCUCUUAUAAUCUUUAGGUCACUGAUUGCAGACAUUUUCCUGGAAGAUUUCUUGAAUGAAUUUUAAAUUUAUUGUUCCUUCAGUGAUUGCAAGGAAUCCAGGCCCUGCGGCAGCAAAAUAGUCCCAAAACACGAUGCUCUUUCUUCCAUGUUUCACAGAGGGGAAGAGGUUUUGAUUUUGUUGUGUAGUGCCUUUUUUCCCUCCCAACAUAGAAUUGACCAUGUUGGAGAUGCAGAUGUUGGCUGUUACCUUUGGCUCCUUUAUCACUUCUUUCAGGAUUGCAUGUUCUGCUCUUGGUGUAGUCUUUGCAGGACAGCCAAAUCAAAUGAGACAAACGUCCGUCCUGAAUUUCCUUCAUUUCCAGAGAGUUUUUCUUGUUGUGGAUCGCUAAACGCCUGAGAAAUGCAGUUGCAGCGUUUUACAGCUUUGUACAGCUCAGUAAUUCUAAAGUUCAGUGAAUGCAGCUGUGAUUGAGGCACUGUUCACAACAACCAGUCUGUCUUGAGAUGAGCAGACUUUGUCCAAAGCCACAAUGUUUAUGCAUAGGGAGGAAUAUGUGUACAACCAACACAACAACAAUCUCAGCAAAGUAGCUUUAUGGAUCAUUACCACAGAGGUUCAUUUACUUUUUCCACGCUUUUUUCUGUUCACUAAAGAAAAGGACAAUAUAGCUACAUCAGUUAAUCUGAUUAUGCUUGUCGAUAAAUUGUGACUGAAAAAAGAUCAGAACGCUUUUCAUGAGUAAUCAAUGCAGAAAUCCUGGCAAUUCCAAAGCAUGUACAAACAUUUUCUUGAAAUUACACAUUGCUAAGAUGACAUCUCAAGAAAUUAUAAGAUAAUUGUUAGUGGCAUUUUGUCCUUAGUUGGAUAGUUUGACAAAAGUAGUGGCAGACAGGAAACAAUGAAGGAGGGACUGAUGAGUAUGAUGUGCAAUAAAGGUAAAAUAAAAUAAGGA